AUGUCGACUUCAAUGCCAGCUCCUCAUGCAGCAUCACCUUCUAAUCGACUGCGAUUGGGACCUCAUACUUCAUCACCAAUAUCAGCAUCUGGAGUCGCUCGUAACUCAAUCAUCAACUCCUCAGCAAAAGGAUGGUCGCCUUUACAAAUCAAUAAACGAGAUUCAAUCAAUCAAUCCCCCAUAAAAUCUUCUCCCAACGCAUCGUUAUCACCUGAUCCAAACGCUCCAAGAAGAUCUUCAAGCUCUUUCAAACAUGUCUCGAAGAACUCCCUUGUCUCGAACAGCCCCUUCAAAUCUCCCACCACGGUCCAAGGAGCUCACGCUGCCGGGAUGAAUCUGGAUACAAACGCAGAAAAUGUUGUUCACGAGAAGAGAUCUUCGAGAGUGUUCGGAGAAGCUCCACCCUCAGCGAAAGGUGUAGGAACAACUUCAAAAGCUGCUAUUGGUUUGGGGAUUGGUAUUUCGCCUUCAAAACCUCGAUCGACAAGUAGGUCAUCCAGUGGGACCAGAACCGCCGUUACCGGUCAAAGAAAGGUAUCUACUGAGAAAGUCAAAGUCGCGUUUCCGAGUGUCGAGAGACGAUCUUCAACUGAAAGAAAAUUGUCUGGUUCAAAAGAGAAUGAAUCACCGGAUGUGAGAGCUGGCAAAAGAGUACCUAGGUCUAGUAUGGGAUUCAAGGAUCUAGCCAAGGGUACUUUGGUCACAAAAUCGCCUUUCAAACGUGUACCUUCAGGUGGUCUUUCAGCUAGUUCAAGCUCAAAGGCAAAUGAAUCCCCUACCGAACUUGGACCCAGUCCCAAAACUAUCCCAGUCGAGAGAGAUGAUGUAUUCUCCUCACCAUCACCUAGACGACUUUCAGCUAGUAAGCAGCAACAACAACGGAGAGCUUCUCCUUCUGCUUCCCUGGGUAUAGGCGCAAGAUCAAGCAGUUCACCCACACCAUCCCCUCCUCGAGCUGUCCCUCCACCUCUUCUUGCGGCCCCUAUCGGAUCUGCCGGUCCAUCACCUCUUAGCAAGUCGCUUUCAAUUCCUUCAAUGGACCCAACACCCACGCCCACGCCUCACAAAUCUGCUAUGACUCCAUCUCGAAGACUUCGUGGACCUAGAGAGCUAUCUGCCGGAAGCGAAUCCCCUACCAGGAAAACGGUUACUUUCCAAAGUGUUCCAGAUGUUAAGGAGUUCGAGAUCAUGAGCGCAGAGCCCAGUAUGGAUGGUAGCUUUGACGUGACUCGUGAUGAUGAAGAUGAAGAUGGAUGGGUCGACGAGCGAGUCAUACAGAUGCACCUCGCCCGAGAUGACAGUCUUGAUGACCUUCUUUCUGAUUCUCAAGCUAUGAAUCGACAUAUGCUCCUCAACUCGGGUGAGGCUUCUCCAAUUCUGACUGAAGAAAACGACGGUCAGAUGUUAGAUGGAUCAACCACCGCAGAAUUUAUGGAUACACUCAUUGAAGAAGGGCUAUUCUCACCUCCCACCAUGGAUACUCCUGCUUUCGAAGAUCAAGCUGCUUUCGAACUCCCUCUUGAACCUCUUGAUGGCGAUUCUGACCGACCUUUCCUCUCAACGCCAUCUUUGGGAGAUUCAGUUCACGUGACGCCUCUUCUUGCAGGUGAGAUGUUUGGAGAGACUGAUUCUGCCGGUAUUCCAUACGGUAGAACUCAUCAUGUUGAAAGAGCGGCUGUAGCUCAUUCUCUCUCCCUGAUCGAGAAAGUGUCAACGAUCGAACAGCCUGGUUUCCCCCGAAACCAAGAACACAGCAUGCUCAUGAACAUCAAUGCGUCACAACCUGCUAUACCUCAAUCACCUAUCCAUUAUCCGGAAUACAAUGAUCCUUUCGCUUCUUCUGCUCCUCAUGCUCAUCAAGCUGGAGUCAUGCCAGACCCGUUCAUCACCGUUCAGACUGCUACUAAUGUUCUGCCUAUACAGCACAUGGAAAGAGACGAAGACGGCGUUCCUCUGAGUAGAACCAGUCAUGCUGAAAGGAUUCAAGCUAGAAGAGUGUUAGCUACUCAAAGUUUGGGACUUGGAAUGCCACGAAGUCCCGCUAUCAGCCAAGAACUGACCAAGAACUAUACUCCGGAAGAACAGAUACAUUUGGAAAGGAAUAAUGGAGCAGAGAUUCUCUUUGACCCGGAUUUCGAUACCAGGGAAGUAGCGGCUCCUGGUUCACCCAUGAUAAGGAACGCAAGCCAAGAGAGCGAAGAGGGAUCAAAGAGAAGGUUACCCAAAAUACCAGCCCCAGCUCCCAUGCCAUUUGACAUCCCAAGUCCAGUAACCAGUCCUGUGAAGAACGUGGAUGAGGAUAAGCUCACUGUAGCCGACAAAAGGGCGAGCAAAUUCGAUAUUUCGGGUUUCUCACUCCCAUUUAUCGGUUCAACCUCUCCGUUCUUCAACUCUGCGCCUGCUACAUUCGAGGAACAACCCUCGAUCGACGGACUGUCCACCUCGCCCAAUGAACCCGAACGCCCCGUUACUCCUGAACGGCCACUUACUCCUCCGCCCGUGAUCAAGGACAUCGCUGAAGAGAAGAAAGAGAGUCCUCACAAGCUGCCAGAUAUGAACUUCCACUUCGACGAGAUUAGGCUUCAACGAGCCGAGUCCACUCGGAUUGCCGCAACCAAAUCAAAUCCUAUCAGUCCUAUCAAGAUUUCCAACGAGCUCAAAAGAAACGAUCCGGUCAAGGAGAUUAUCAGACCAAAUAUGUCGACCUCCAGCAGUCUCAAUAAGCUGCCUACAUCGACAUCAGGCGGUUCUUAUGGUGGUGAAUUUGGAGCUGAUUCGAAGAGCAAAAGUCCGGAUUCUACCACCACUAGAGUUCGUCAACGGAUCUCUAGAGAAAUGAUAAGAGAGACUAUAAAUCAACGAAUCGCAGAUGGUAGUCUAUCCCGUCGACCAGCGAGUAGUGGUGACCUCUCGAAAUCUCUACCUAUAACUUUUGCUAUCCCACCUACUCAAAACAGACGAACAUCAGGCGUGGACAAGGACUUGCCUCCUCCACCUACAGAACAAAUAGCUCUGACAUUGUCCUCGACCGAAGCGGACGAACUUGCUCCAAAGAUGAGUAAAGCGCAUACAACCGAUAACGCACCUCGGCAAGUCAGUGAUGCCAGACCAACGAUGAGACCCAGAUCUCAAACUCAAUCAGCUCAUGAAGUGCUCAAGCAGAAUGAACGUGAUGGUAUCCUGAAUGAGCCCAAAUCAGCCUUAGACAAACUCGCUUCUUCACUGCCUCCUUCAAGUGGAUUGACCAGAGAUCUAAGUGGAAGUAUAGCAGCUGAGAUGCCACCUCCACCAACCCUCAAUAACGGUAAUAAUAAUUCUCGACCGGUUAGUAUACUGAAAAAUCCCCACGCAAAUCGAAAUAAACAGAAUACUUUGUUACCUCCUGUCGACGUUGGAUCAUCAAAGCAAAGAAGUAGAUCACCUUCACCAACAGGAGAAGGUAUGCAAGGUUGUGAACAGGCUAUCAUAGCUAAACGAAGAGAGAAGGAGAAAGAUAGAAAUGUCAGUGGAGUCAGCACAGGUAGUAGAAGAAGUAGAAGAAGUCUGAGUAUGGGUGAUGCGGACAAAGAAGCCGAGCAGGCAAAACACUUCCGUCGAACUGUUGCUGGUAAUCCUAGACUGACAUUAGGUAUUGAUGAUGAUCAGCAAUCAAUUUUGGAUGCAUUUAGAGAGGAGAUCAAUCACAUAGACCGAGGAUAUAAAGUCCGAGAGAAAGCGGUAGUACGAGCGUCUUAUCAUGAUAAAAUUAGACACAAUAAAGCUGGAGAUAUCGAAUCUGGUAAAGCUUGGAAACAGCUCAGAAGACCUUCUGAUAUGAAUGAACAUGCGGCAGAGAUUCGAGCCAUGCGAGCCCACGAAGCAUCUUCUGGUAAAGCAUCCGGCACUAUCUUCGUCAAGGUCUUAGGUAUAGAAGGGCUUCAAAUCCCCAUACCGGACCAGCCUACAUAUUUCUGCAUUACACUGGAUAACGGUAUCGAUUACAUCAGAACACCGUAUUCUGUCUUAGGCGAAGGAGCAAAGGUCAAUCAAGAGUUUUCUCUUGUCGAACACCCCAACUUCGAGUUUUCGCUCAGUCUAGAUAUACGAAGAGAUCCCCAUAUUAUCAAGAUGAUACAUGAGAAGGCUGAGUCCGCACCUAGUAGCGCGAUCAGACGGCCGCAAACACCUUCUUCGCCAGCGACCAAAUCUGGUGGAUUCAGAUCCUUAUUCGCUUCCCCAAGAAAACCUAAAGUUACCAAGGAUCCCCGAUCUGCCACGCCACUUCCAAAUGCGCCUGUCGCACCUGCGCCUAAAACAGAUACGAUAGUGAAAUACCUAUCAUCAUCUUCUGGUUCAACAAUCGCUAAAACACACAUAGCAUUUAAACCUAUUGCCAAAAAUUGUGAAGCUCGAGUAUUAGAGAUAAGAUACCCAAUGUUCGCAAUGUUUAAAGGUGCGAGUACGACAACCUCAGGAUCGAACGGUUCAGUCAGAAAGCAAUUGGCAAAGAUAACUUUACAGAUCUUCAGAUUACCUCCUAUACCGGGGUUGAACUCAGACGAAUUACCUCAAUGUAUAGACGAAGCUCUGAGAGGAAUCAGACAUCAUGCUUGGCAUGAGCACGAGUAUCACGAAGGGGUUUUGACUCAAGAAGGUGGUGAUUGUAAAAUGCCAAAAAGACGUUUGUUCAAGCUUAUAGGAGGCAAUUUGGUUGCAAUCAACGAAGUGACUAGAAAAGAGGUGACAAAGAUCGACUUACGUCAAGCCAUCUCCGUUACUGACUUAAACGCAGCACAAGAUAAUGGUACACCGAAGUCUAAAAUGACAAUGAGACCAAGAGGAUCAGAUGAAGGGUUCUCUAGCAGACCAAGAAGUUUCAUGUUGGACUUCAAGGAUUGUGAUGGAAUCACUUUCUCUGCUGAUACUGAUAAUUCAAAAGAGCAAUGGAUGCAAACAUUGGAAGGGUUAAUAGGCAAAAUUCCAACCAAUCCUCUUUGGGCAGAUCUACUAGCUACAAAACAAAGAGAACGAGCGGCUAGAAGGACAGCUUCAAGCUCAAGUUUGGCAAAAGAAGCUAAAAGGCAAGCAUCAUCCUCUGGAAUACCCAACGGAGUAUCGAAUGGAAGACCUGCAUCAAUGCCUCUUGGUGCACCGAGCAAAACGAGAUAG